CCUCGCCAUUCUGGCUGCACCGCCGGCUGCAGCACACACGCGUCCUGCGCCGCCUCUCCGGGAAGCUAGCCGUCGGUUGGGUUCUUCCCUCGCAGCCGUCUCCAGACGGUAGAGGUGAACGGAGAGUCCUUGCACUUCUCUCUGGGGCACCAUGCCCAACGACGAAGCAUUCAGCAAGGCUUCCGCACCGUCGGAGGCCCCGCACGCCCCCGGGGCACCGCCGCAGGGCAAGGCUGGGGGCUUCGGCAAAGCGGCCGGAGGUUCGGGUGCCGGGGGCAGCGGCAGCGGAGGAGGCUCCGGCUCCGGGGCGUCGGGGCUGGGCUCGGGGAGCCAGAAGUCCCCGCGGCUGCCCAAGUGCGCGCGCUGCAGGAACCACGGCUACGCGUCGCCGCUGAAGGGCCACAAGCGCUUCUGCAUGUGGCGGGACUGCCAGUGCAAGAAGUGCAACCUGAUUGCCGAGAGACAGCGCGUGAUGGCCGCGCAGGUGGCCCUGAGGAGGCAGCAGGCCCAGGAGGAAGAAUUGGGCAUCAGCCACCCCAUCCCGCUGCCCAGUGCAGCCGAGAUACUUGUCAAGAGAGAGAACAAUGGCAGCAACCCAUGCCUCAUGACCGAGAACAGCAGCCCCUCUCAGCCACCGGCCAAUACCCCGACCACUGCAGCUUCAGAGGGACGCAUGGUCAUCCAGGAUAUUCCUGCUGUCACCAGCAGAGGGCAUGUGGAGAACGCACCUGACCUGGUUUCAGACUCCACCUACUAUAGCAGCUUUUACCAGCCGUCUCUGUUCCCUUACUACAACAAUCUGUACAACUAUCCACAGUACUCCAUGGCCUUGGCUGCUGAUUCCUCUUCUGGGGAUGUGGGAAUUCCCCUCGGAGGAUCCCCUGUGAAGAAUAGCCUUCGGAGCCUCCCAUCACCGUAUAUGCCUGGCCAGGCAGGAAACCAGUGGCAGAUGAAGAACCCGGAGAACCGCCACGCAGUGAGUUCCCAGUACAGGAUGCAUUCCUACUAUCCGCCGCCCUCCUACCUGGGCCAGAGCAUGUCCCAGAUCUUCACUUUUGAGGAUGGUACCUCCUACUCGGAAGCCAAGGCGAGCAUAUUCUCGCCUCCCAGCAGUCAAGAUUCUGGCUUGGUUUCCCUCUCGAGCAACUCUCCCAUUAGUAACGAGAGCACAAAGGGAGUGCUCGAGUGCGAGCCUGCGCCGGAGCCCGGCAGCUUCACGGUCACUCCCGUCAUCGACGAGGACGAGUGAGCGGCGCCCGCUGCCGAGGGCGGUUCGCUUGGAAUACCAGGCUUAUUCCAUUUUCCACGGGGUUUGUUAAUAAUAUUUUGAGUUGACUCACGCCGACUUAACUGUUGAAAACGUGUUUGGUUUAUACUCCUUAGAGUUUUCGUCCAAAGGCGAAAACACAUUUGUAAUAGUUUAGGGCCCAUUGACUACCAUCCGCAAGAAUUAAGUGCUUUUUCACGGAGUUUAAAUAACAGUAUUCCUCAUUUUUUUUUAUGACACUGGUUUCACGUAGUUUUCAAGAAAUAACAGGACACUUAAGUAAAGCCGUAUGUGUGCAUCUAAAUGAGUCAUAAUUAGAUGUUACUUUAGUUUUAAAAUGAAAUCUUAGGUGCCUUAGGGUUUUUUUUAAAAAAAAAUUAGUAUUUUAAUAAAACUGCAAAAAUAUAAAUUUAGUCAAGUACCUGACCUGUGAGAAGAAAAGAGCAGGCAAAUUAGUGAUUUUUAGAAAUCUGCGGAAGAUUAAAGUAAAUGGAUAUGCUGUGUGUGUUACUGUGUGUGUAGCCUCACCACAAGCCCUCAAUCCAAAACAUGACUGAAAUAUACUCAGAAAAAAAUUAAAGCCAGUAAGAAUUGCUACUUUUCUGUACAGGGUAAUUUGAAUACACUACAAUUUAAAGUAACCUCAGUGAUGCCGAGUUCCUGGGUGUUGUUUCUAGAAUGAGUUUGUCAUACACAUUCUUUCUACUACAGUUUAAAACGGAUGCUAUCUAGACUAUUUUGUAACGUUAGGUUGUAAUCUGAUUUGGAAAUAAGUACAUCUUUAAAAGUUACUACAGAUUCCUGAGUUCAUUAUUUUGUUAAAAAUUGCUCAUGAAGUACUUUCUUAUGUAACAGAAGCCAUCCUGAAAUGAAACUAGUCUUAAAAAAAUUCAUUGUUCUGCAUAGUUGCAGCUGUACCUGAAAUAAAAAUGUUAUUGAUGACUGAA